AUGGUUCAGAUUUCAAGAUCGAAUGCCAACAUCUUGAGGAAACCUUUCCUGGAUAUUGUUUGCCUUCCGGCGACAGAAAUUGAUGAUAAAGUUGAUUUGGACUUUUCGGAUGUUUUCGGUCCACUUCCAAGCCAAGAAACAGAAGAUGAUGAAGAUGACGUCAAAGAUGACGAUUGUGUGUCAAAUUUAAAGGCAAUAGGGAUUGAGGACUUUGAGGUUCUGAAGAUGGUUGGUCAAGGUGCAUUCGGUAAAGUUUAUCAAGUGAGGAAGAUUGGAUCGUCAGAAAUUUUCGCUAUGAAAGUCAUGAGAAAAGAUAAGAUUGUGGAGAAAAACCAGGCUGAGUAUAUCAUUGCUGAAAGGGAAAUACUAACAAAAGUUGAUCAUCCCUUCAUUGUUCAGCUUAGGUAUUCUUUCCAGACAAAGUAUAGACUUUACCUUGUGCUUGACUAUGUUAAUGGAGGCCAACUUUUUUUUCAACUACAUCGCCAAGGCUUAUUCAGAGAGGAUUUGGCGCGGAUCUUUGCCGCGGAGAUUGUCUCCGCGGUAUCUCAUCUCCACGCGAAUGGCAUCAUGCAUAGGGACCUGAAGCCGGAGAACAUUCUUUUGGAUGCAGAGGGGCACGCUAUGUUAACCGAUUUUGGGCUCGCAAAGCGAUUUGAAGGCGAAACGACUAGAUCCAACUCAAUGUGCGGAACUUUAGAGUACAUGGCUCCAGAAAUUCUUCUUGCCAGAGGGCAUGAUAAGGCUGCUGAUUGGUGGAGUGUUGGAGUUUUGUUGUACGAGAUGUUAACCGGGAGGCCGCCUUUCAUUGGAGGGAACCGGCAGAAGAUGCAGCAAAAGAUUAUCAAGGACAAAAUCAAGCUCCCAGCUUAUCUAUCAACUGAAGCGCAUUCACUGUUGAAAGGGUUGUUGCAUAAGGAAGCAAGCAAGCGGCUUGGAAGCGGAUCAGGAGGUAGCGAGGCGAUACGAUCUCAUAAAUGGUUCAAGUGCAUAAACUGGAACAAGUUGGAGGCUCGCGAAAUUCGGCCGAGUUUUCUUCCCGAAGUUGGUGGAAUGCAAUGCACAGCGAACUUUGCGGAUUGCUGGACUAAGAAGCCUGUUAUAGAUUCUCCAGCUGGUAGUCCAAAUUGCGCCGAGAAUCCCUUCUUGGGGUUCACUUAUGUGAGACCACCAGCUUUAUUUCUACAAUUUUCUUAG